AUGCCGGAGUACAAGGCAUUCACUGCCGAGGGGCCACAGGACAGGCGAGAGCCUGAGCAACAGGUGGCGCCACCAUGGGCGCAAGCGGCUAGCCACACUGCCAACUCUGCCGGCGUGCAGCUGGCGGCAGUGCCGGAGGCGAUGACGGAAAACGACUCCGAAGAUGCCACGAUGCAUCUCAUGACGCUCUGGGAGCGCUUCAUGGACGAUCAUCGACAUCGAGCCUUAGCGAAGCUCUUUAAGGGCAUUUGGCUUAGAAGGUUUGUCAGGCUCCGCCACAGGCGCACGUUUGUGAAGCCGGGUGAGCAGGCCGGAGGCGCGCUCACCAUCGAUAGUCCCUUGCAGCACUUUUUCGAUGCUCGCCUCAUCCUACGCCCCGAGUCGGUGUUCAAAGUUUCCUGUGACGAGCUGCUCUCAGUCGUUGCCCAAGAGCUGCACCAGCGGCGCCUGGGCGCCUGCGUGGUGGAGUUUGCGGAUGGGCGGCUGGAGUUCUUCGACUGCUCGGACUUCAACUCGCUCCUUGCGACCCGGCUUAGAGUGAGUGCUUUGGCCAAGAGUCGGGGUGCAGUCGGGGAGGAUGCCGACGACGGCAUCGAGUGGAAAGCCACGAAGUCGCUGCUUCGGAAGAUUGCGAACUUGCCCGUGAAGACCCCUCGAGGGAAGGGUCUGGACUUUGAGCCUUUCGACACGUCGCUGCCCCUAAGGGAGCUGGUGGACCGUUUGGAGAGGCAACGCCGAGUGCCCUGCUUUACCGCUGGACAGCUUCGGGCAGUAGUGACUGCCAAUGAUGUCCUCGAACUCUGCGGCGGGUGUGUUACGAAGGCCUCUAAGGAGUUGCUGGAAAACAUGGCCGCCAGGAGUAUUCUCUCCAAAGAACUGAAUGACUUCGAGCUCGACACGACGGAGGACACACCAGCGUUGGAAGUUAUGCAGAAGCUUCUCCAUUCUGCCAGCCGCGCGGUGCCUGUCCUGGCUCAGCCCGAUGCACCCACGCCAGGCUGCAGGACAUCGGGGCGAAUACGCAUUCUGGCGCAAUUCGACCUGGCUGCCCUGUGGACAGUUUUUGGGUACAAGGACGACUCCGACCAGUGGUGGUGGGAGAGUGAGGAUGUGGCGUCCAAUAUCUUCCGGCACUCCUGUGUUGACUUUCUUGCCUUUGGCCGCAAGAACUCGGAUGGCCGGGACCAGGCGCCGGUUGCGAAAGUCUCCCUGGACGAGAAGUUGUCCAAAGUUAUCGGACGGGCUUGUACCAGUCCGUUUCGACACGUGGUCGUCUACGAGGAGACGAACGACCGGCAACUGAGAAACCCGUGUUGCGAGAUCUCCUCCCACGAAUUCGUGCAGUUCUUGCGCGGCGCCGGGCUUCUGUCGCAGCUGGAGUUCAACAGUUCUAAGCCCCGUCCUGCCCGCUUCCGCCGCAUGUUUUCCAGCCACGCGGGCAUCACCUCUGACGCCAUGUCCAAGGAUAGCUCUCUGUCGCCGGCGGUGCAAAAGGAUGUGCCAGGCCCUGCGGGCACUGCUGUUAGCUUCAACAACAUGGUGGAAGUGGAAGCUCUGGUCGUACCAGUCUGCCCCGUCCACCACGGGAAGUUCAUGCAGUAUGAGGCCCUUACGGAGCUCCUGGCUACUUGCCUGAAGCCCUGA